AUGCCGACGUCCAACCAGGGCUGGCCUGAGGAUUUUGGCUUCCAGCUCGGUGGGAAUGGGCCCAGCUACAUCCUGUCUGUGGAGGAAGGCAGCAGCGCCCACCUUGCAGGGUUGCAGGCGGGGGACCAGGUCCUGGAGAUCGAGGGCCAUAAUGUGUCGACACUGGGUCCGCAAGCCGUCAUCGCCAUCGCCCAGACUCAGAAGAACAUCCCUCCCAGUAUCGGAGUGGUGUCCCGCAUACAGCAGAUGGACAUCGUACCAGGUCCGGAUGGUCGUUUUGGGUUCACCAUCGUCGGGGACUGCCCCCUGCUGGUGGAGGACUGCUCGCCUUGCUCUCCGGCUGGCCGCGCAGGUCUGAGGGCCGGUGACUACGUCAUGGAGGUCAACGGCAUCCCCGUCAGGCAACACGAGACGGCCGCGGCGCUGAUCAAGGCCUCCCAGGGGAGGACGCUCCGGCUGGGGGUGCUGUGCCUCGGCCCCAGGCAGAAACACAGCGUCAGCAUAGAUGACAGUCAGAUGGGUGGAGAGGGGGCAAGACUGGACCGUAAACAUAAAGCUCUGGAGUUCAACAGGAAGGUUGACCAGAUUUUAGGUGACGAACCCGAAGUGAAAGAGAAACUCUUCACGGUGCUGAAGCAGUAUGCAGCAGAGAAGAGAGUGGAGUGGUUGGCCUCCGUCCUGCCAGAGGUACUCACCACUGACGAGCAUCGACAGCUCAUCUCCAACAUCAGGAUCUUCAUCCCGAAGAAGCACCGGCAGCGCUUCGAUGAGGCUGUCUCCCAGAACGUGAUCAACCGGCUGUGCCGCAGCAAGAGCAUCAGCGAGCCGCAUGGCAGAGUGCGGCGCAGUCGGAGCGAGGAUCACUCCGAGCGCCGCCACGGGUCCAAACGGGCCAGCUCCGUGCCCAGGGAUGGAGGAGAACCCGGAGGGAGGGGUGAGGGAGAAAGAGACAGGGGCGUAAGGAAGUCCGUCUCUGGGGUACCCGCACAUCCCCCCAUUGGACCGAAUCAGAGGAUCGUUCGUGUCUACAGGGGCAAGAAGAACUUUGGCUUCACGCUGCGAGGUCACGCUCCCGUCUGCAUCGACUCCGUUAUCCCAGAUAGUCCUGCUGAGGAAUGUGGACUGAAACCAGGCGAUCGUAUCCUCUUCCUCAAUGGACUGGACAUGAGGAACUGUUCCCAUGAGAAGGUGGUGUCCAUGCUGCAGGGCAGCGGGGCGAUGCCCACUCUGGUGGUGGAGGAGGGUCCGUCAGACUACUCUUCAGACCAGACCGACCCCGAGGAGUCUCCUGGCCUGGCCCCCGCCACGUUACCACGCUCUAGGUCUCCGGCCCUCAGCUCUUUGCAGUGGGUGGCCGAGAUUCUUCCACCAAGCAUCAAAGUCCACGGGCGGACCUUCAGCCAGCAGCUGGAGCACCUGCUGACCAUCCAGGAGAGGUACACAGUCUGCAAGGCCCUGGAGACUUUCUUCCAGCACAGGAACGUGGACACCCUUAUAGUAGACGUGUUUCCAGUGUUGGACACUCCAGCCAAACAGCUGAUCUGGCAGUUCAUCUACCAGCUACUGACCUACGACGAACAGGAGCGCUGCCAGGGCAAACUGUCACGCUUCCUGGGUUUCAAGAGCAGUGAGCCCGACGCAGGUCCGGAGCACCACCGGCGGAGCAGCUCCAUGCGCGUGACGGGGACGUCGUACCGCGGCAUCGUCCGAGAGAGGAGCUCUGACGACUGCAUCAUCGGGACUCACCUGGGAAUGGGAAUUCAUGUCGAUGAAUCUGGGAGCCCGGAGGAGAGGCAGUCAGGAGAUGGAACCUCCUUCCCCGAGUCCCCUGACCUCAGUCAUAUGACAGGUGUGUACACGGAGCUGGAGAACGUGUACGCAGGGAAGAGUGUGUCUCCACUGCAGGGGGGCUCCUCAGCAGAGCCCGAGAGGCCGGGACAGACUGAGGCCUUCGGGCGCUCACUCUCCCCCCUUACUCUCCCCCCUCUCACAGGUAACCGUAAAUCCGGCCUGUCCCUGUCCUGGAAGGAGCCUCUCCCCACCCCUGUGUAUGAGAUCCACCACCAGAGCAGCGUGGACUCCAACCCCUACGUCAGCCUGGAGAGCCCCCCCGCCUCCCCGCAGCACUUGGACAGCGACCCCAACACGCUCACCCGCCGCAAGAAGCUGUUCACCUUUUCCCGCCCGCCCCGCAGCCGGGACACCGACAAGUUCCUGGACGCCCUGAGCGAGCAGCUCGGCCACCGGGUCACUCUGGUGGACGACUUCGUGCCCGGGGAGAACGACUAUGAGGAGAUGAGUUUCCUGGAGGACCAGGACCUGGGCUUCAUGCCCCGGCAGCUGAGCAGCGGCAGCAGUGAGGAUCACAGUAGCAGCGAUGAGGCCUCCUCUCCCUCCUACUCCUCUGGAUCUGAACCGAUCCCACCUCCUCCCACCCAGAGCCCUCCACCUCCGCCGCCCUUCCAGUCUCUGAUACCCCCUCCUGUCCAGUUUAUCGACCCUGUCCCGCCCGUUCGCUUCUCCCCCGAGCACAUCCCCCGCAGCCGGAUGCCCUUCCAGCCACACCACCCCAUCAUCCCUCCACCUCCGCCCCCUCCGAGGACGCUCCUGUCCAGCCGCUCUCCUCUACACAAAGUGCUCCCGACCAGAGACGAAGCAGAGAACACUCACCAGCGCUUCCAGGCCACCUCCACCCGUCUCUCACAUGGCCACACCACCACGCUGCGCUCCUCCCAGCCGUCCCGCCCCAGCUACCUCCCGCGCCAGCUCAGCCAACCCCAGCCUAUCCGCCAGCCAUCCCCGCAGCCCUCCCCUCAGGUGCUGAGACCGAGCCAGCUCGUCCUCCAGAGGCACCACCAGCUCCACCACCAACACAGCUACCAGGGCCCGCUGCCACCGUCCCUCCAGGAGCUCAGCACCUCCCAGCCUACGAGCCAAGGCCCCGCAGGCUCCUCCCUGCUCUCCCAGCCUCCAGCGUCUCACUCCACCCUCCCCAGUCACACUAAGACUUAUGAGACCACACGACAGGAGACCCAGUCACAGCAGGCUCCACCACCUCCGCCUCCGCCCCUGCCCCCACCCUGUGAUCCGCCUCCACUGCCCAAGCCAGGCCACCACGCCUCGGACACCAACCACAUGAGUGUGAAGAGGCUGCGCUGGGAGCAGGUGGAGAACUCCGAGGGAACCAUCUGGGGUCAGCUGGGCGAGGACUCGGACUACGACAAGCUCACUGACAUGGUGAAGUACUUGGACCUUGAUCUGCACUUCGGGACCCAGCGUAGAUCCAUCUCUCCUCCAGAGCCAGCCUUCGUUCCCGAGAACUUUAAAAAGAAAGACGUGGUGGAGAUUCUGUCUCAUAAGAAAGCCUACAACGCCUCCAUCCUCAUCGCCCAUCUGAAGCUCUCCCCCGCCGAGCUGCGUCAGGUCUUGAUGAACAUGACCACCAACAGGCUGGAGCCGGCCCACAUCAAGCAGCUGCUGCUCUACGCCCCGGACGACGAGGAGGUAAAACAGUACGAGCGGUUUGACCAGGACCCGGCCAAACUAAGCGAGCCCGACCAGUUCAUUUUCCAGAUGCUGAUGGUGCCUGAGUAUAAGACUCGUCUGCGGAGCCUCCACUUCAAGACGACCCUGCAGGAGAGGACGGAGGAGAUGAAGGUUGCGUACGAUUACAUCUACAAGGCUUCAGUGGAGCUGAAGAGUAGCAAGAAACUGGCCAAAAUCCUGGAGUUUGUUCUUGCGAUGGGGAAUUACCUGAACAAUGGGCAGCCGAAGGGCAACAGGACAACCAGUUUUAAGAUCAACUUCCUAACUGAGCUGAGCACGACCAAAACAGUAGACGGAAAAUCCACCUUUCUCCACAUUCUGGCCAAGUCUCUGUGCCAACACUUCCCUGAGCUGCUCAACUUUUCCAGAGACCUUACAACAGUGCCUCUGGCAGCCAAGGUGAACCAGAGGGCGAUCACAGCAGAGCUGAGUGACCUUCACACGACCAUCCAGGACAUCAGGUCAGCCUGUCUGAAGAUCCCACCCACCUCUGAGGACCACUUUGCUUCUGUCAUGAGCAGCUUCCUGGAGAACAGCCACCCUGCGAUCCAGUCUCUGGAGUCUCUGCAGACCCGGGCGAUGGAAGAGUUCUCCAAGGUGGCCUUGUACUUCGGAGAGGACAGCAAGUCCACCAGCACAGAGGCCUUCUUUGGCAUCUUUGCAGAGUUCAUGUCCAAGUUUGAGAGGGCUCUCAGUGAGACCCAGACUCCAGAAAACCCCAGAAGCCCCAGACUGUCUUCCCCUCUGGCCUGGUAGAAGCAACGAAUGCGGGCAGAUGUCGGGCCAAACCAACAAGGCCAGUUGGCUCCAUUUUCACUCUGCUCUCCACAACCAAAGUGCCAAGAUCACACACAGAGACACUCAAACCAAUGGGAACAGAGACCACAUCAUCUAUAGCAAAUGGAAAGAGACAAAAAAAAAAAUGGAAAUAUACUGUAACUAUGUGUAGAUAAUCAUAAU